UUCUAAAAUACUUGUUCCGGGGCUCACACAUAAAGCUCACUGACUGCUUGUAGCUUCCCUCAGUAUCUUGUCUUGUGGAGCGAAGUGCGAAGCAAAACUGUGAUGAAGACUUUUAUCGUCUGCUUGGCCUUAUUGGCCACUUGCUAUGGACUUGUCAGAAUUCCACUGACCAAGUUCAAGACUGCCCGUCAAACUUUGAAGGAACAUGGCAUGUCUAUCGAGAGUCUCUCAAGGAAGUACAACGUCGGCAAGUUGACAGGACCGGACCCUGAGCCUCUCAGCAACUACCUUGAUGCCCAGUACUAUGGCCCCAUCAGUAUCGGGACACCAGCCCAGGACUUCAAGGUUAUCUUUGAUACUGGAUCCUCCAACUUGUGGGUUCCGUCCAAGAAAUGUUCUCUAACUGAUAUUGCCUGCUUGCUCCACAACAAGUAUGACAGCACCAAGUCCAACACAUAUAUCGCCAACGGCACAAAGUUUGCCAUCCAGUACGGCACUGGUGAACUCAGUGGAUUCCUCAGCACUGAUGAUGUUACAAUUGGCACAGUGACAGUGAAGAAACAGACAUUUGCUGAGGCCACCAAACAGCCUGGGAUCACAUUUGUUGCUGCCAAGUUUGACGGAAUCCUUGGACUGGGCUAUUCUUCCAUCUCGGUGGAUCAGGUCGUCCCCGUCUUCUACAACAUGGUGCAGCAGUCACUUGUCCCCCAGUCCAUCUUCUCCUUCUACCUGAGUCGGAACCCUAAGGCAAAGGAAGGGGGUGAGCUGAUCUUCGGAGGAAGUGACCCAGCCAAGUACAGUGGGAACUUCACCUAUGUCCCAGUCUCAGAGCAGGGCUAUUGGGAGUUCAAAAUGGACGGUAUCACUCUGGGAUCAUCAAAAUUCUGUGAAGGAGGAUGCAAGGCUAUUGCUGACACUGGCACUUCUCUCCUGGCUGGACCCACAUCAGAGGUCACCAAGCUGAACCAGGCCAUCGGAGCAACACCACUCGCCAAAGGAGAGUACAUGGUCGACUGUAACAAGAUCCCCAGCCUGCCUGUAAUCACGUUCACGAUUGGAGGAAAAGCAUUCCCUCUGACAGGACAACAGUAUGUUCUCACGGUUUCUGAGGGCGGGGUGAGCAUCUGUCUGAGUGGCUUCAUUGCUCUGGACGUGCCGCCUCCCAGGGGGCCUCUGUGGAUUUUGGGAGAUGUUUUCAUUGGACCAUACUACACUGAAUUUGAUUUGGCCAAAAAUCGUGUUGGAUUUGCACCGUCAAGAAAUUAGUUGUUUCUGCAUGGAAAUGUUAGAAUAAACCAAACAUUUUCCGUAUAUAAAACACUCUGUAAUCAUGAUCAAUAAUGAUUGAUACUUGAAACAAUUUAGAUCUUAAUGAUAGGUGAUGUUACCAGCUUAUGUUUUUACACAUUUACCAUCAAAACAGUGGUAAACUUGAAUUCCUAUAGUGCUAUAUCGACCAGUGAGUGAGUAAGUGAGCAAGCUACAGAAGGAAUAAAUCUGUACAUGGUGGAGUAAACACAAGCUAUUCUGCUGUGAUUCGUGAUGAUCAAUGUGAUCUGAUCAUGUGAAAUCUUGUCUUUAAUUUUAAAGGCAAUUCAGUUAAUUCCACUUGUAAAUAUUUGAAUCUCGGUGUAAUGACUACUUUGUAUAGUUUAAUCAUGUUAAUCAGAGUGUUUGUUUGUUGUUGGUCGCUUUCUUGAUGCAGUGUAGCCCAGAUUAUGGUAUUAUGUGUCUCAAUGAAGGGGUUAAAACUGAUAAUGUACUAAUCGGAACCAAGGAUGCACUUAGCAAGUGUAUAGCAUCUCUUUGAAUGUUUGAGGUUUUUCAAUUAGCAUCGUCUUCUUUUAGAAGAUGAAAUCUUGACAAGAAGUCCACUAACUCUGCUUGGCUAGAAACUCACUAAUCAUAACCGUUGGCUUAAGUUUCUGCUGCCUUGUCUGAUAAUUAUGCAUGUUAAACAUAGUGGUACACAAAAUGUAUACAAAACCAAAGUUUAGUUACUAUUUUCAUAGUCUGGAUGUCAACUACCAGAAUGAAGAGACAGACUACACUCCUUUAUGCCUUCCAUCUUUGCAUCCAGUUUUACAUGACUAUCAGGAAUGUUAGCUGUACACGUGACAAACCUACUCCUUGAGGAAGUCGGGGAACGUAGUCCUCACUGUAGAUAGUUGGUCUUGCUGGUGAGUUGUUUUCAUGGCUUGCUAACAACUGCAGCGAAUAUUUACAAACUUUCUCUCCAGCCAGAGCUUGUUGAGACAUUAUAAUCGUUUGGUUGUGGCCUUGGUCUUGCUUAAGAGGUAAACCCUGCAGCAGACUGAGACCUGGUUUGAGGAUUCUAUGCAUGAAUGCCUUUUAAAAAAAGCCUUGACUGUCUGUUUGUCUUGUUCCUGCAUUUGGCAUGGGGGGUUGCUUGUCGUUUCUGCUUGGCUUGGCUAAUAUCUUUUGUGUUGCAGUUCUUUCUUUCAUCUAUUCUUGGAGCAGGAGGGUGGUUUGAAACAUUAACAUUAACAUUCACAUUGGUUUCUAUUGUGCAGCUUUUGCCAUCUAGUAAAGUUUCAGUCUAAGCGACUUAGUGAUAAAUACCUACAUGAUUGAGAGUUUGCAAUGAUGAUGCCCAAAGUAUGUGUGUGGUAGAUGGAAUGACUGUGGCUCGAUACUUGUUUUAAACUCAACUUAAUAAGUAUGUGAGGCACAAAUAGCACGAAGCUGCCAUACUAUGUAACUGUCCAGCACUCAUUUGUCUUGCACUUUCUCUCUCUCCAACAGUAGCUUGAUGUUUUCAGCCUCUUCCUCGUCAAAAAGCAUGAUCGGAGACCUUGGACGUACUGUACUAAUCCUUGUGCAUCUUGAUCCAUUAAGCUUUAGUGUAUUUCUUAAGAGUCCCUAUUGAUAUUGUGAAGAAAGCUCAAAUGACAUUGUGUACUCCUCAAUAUUCAAAAGGGAGAAAAGGGUUCAUUCUAUUUUUAUAUUGCAAAAUGAAAAUGUUCUCACAAAGUGAUUUUUUUUUUUUUUUUUAAAUCAGAAAAG